CCUGCCUGCCUCCUCAUCUCCCCUCCCUUCUCAAAUUCUCUCUCUGAACGCCCUUCCUUGCAGCUCUCUCUCUCUCUUCUGAUCACUCCAACUGACCAGUAUAUGUGUGUCUCUCUAACCCCAGCCCUCAGUUCUCCCUCUAAACCACCUAACCCCCCCUCCCCCACCCAGGACAUCUACCCUGUGUCAUCCUCAGCCCAGCUCCUUCCAUCUCCAUGAUGCAGCCUGUGAACAAGGUCUGGGUGCCAUGGGCAGUUCGGAUACUGCUGCUGGGCCUGCUGAUUGUCACCUCUGAUGGUUCUAAACCAAUAAAGCGUCCUCUACCGAAAACCAAGAGCUGUGCAGACCGUCCAGAAGAACACCUGGAACAAAUAUAUGGCCGCUUGGCUGCCGGUAUGCUCAGUGCCUUUCAUCACACUCUUCAGCUGCAGCCGCUGGACAAAGAGAACAUCAGCUGUCCUGCGGGGAUCAGAGGGAGGACCUCAGUGGAUGGCAAACAGCAUCUGCCUGUCAAUAUACACAGCAUCUCCCCUUGGGCUUACAGAAUCACAUAUAACCCUGCAAGGUAUCCCAAAUACAUCCCUGAAGCAUAUUGUCUGUGCAAGGGCUGCUUGACUGGACCCUACGGAGAGGAAAACCUGAAUUUGCGCAGUACCCCGGUGUACAUGCCCACGGUCAUCUUACGCCGUACACCUAUGUGUGCCGGGGGCCGCUCUGUGUACGUAGAGGAUUAUAUAACCAUCCCAGUGGGUUGCACGUGCGUGCCAGAACAAGAGAAGGAUCAUGGGUCAGACAGUGUGAAUUCCAGUUUAGAGAAGGAAAAAAUGAAGGUGCACAUAAAUAAAAGUGAGAAGCCAUUGUCCAAUUAAACACCGACGUUUUCAAGUAACCAACCCUUGUGACAUGAGCUAGACCCCUUUUCCUUAAUAAGAAGGGCACUCAUGGAGGUCUAUCCGUGUAGGUCGGAAGUGGAUGAAGGCUGUGGAACUCCCUUAUAUCAUAAAACUGAGUAAAAUAUGUUGCAAUGGUGGGUGGGAUUCUUGGCACUUUUUCUUAUACUACAUAUAAUGUGUCUAACUUGUAAUUAUUUUGUAUAUGUGUACGACAGAAGUAAUGAAGAAAAGAGGAUUAAAGAGCCAAGGAAUUAGUCUUA